CAAAUUUCCAUUUCUAAGAUCAGCAACUAGAUCAGGGAGCAGAUUAGUAGCACUACACUCAGUCUCACAUUUAGUUUUACCAGAAGCGACAUAUCUAGAGUCAGGAGGGGCCAUUGUUCCCCAUUAAGUUCAACAUAUCUAGCUUGAGUUACCUCGCUGUCAGGCAUUCUCGUCGAGCUUCACUAAGUUACACCCCCCUCCAUCUGCUCUUUUUCUACGGCAUUCGCAUUGGCACCUGAGAGCUGCGUCGCCUGACUCCGACUGUCACCGCAAGGCGGCUUUCGGAUCCGCCAUGGCUCCGUGGUACAAAGAGAACACGACCGUGAACUGCUUCGGGGUUACGCUCAACCUCGGAGAUCUCACGGCUCUGCCACUGGUCGUUGGAUACGCGCUCUGCUCGAGUCUCCUCGCGAUCAUCAACAAAUACGCCAUCGAUGUCUUCCCCUUCCCGAGCCUCCUAACGGCUCUCCAGUACCUCACAUGCGUCGUCGCCGUCGUCGGUCUGGGCCAAAUGAAGGCCCUGGAGCACGACGCGAUUCAGUGGAGCAUGGUCAAGAAAUUCCUUCCCGCGGCUUUCGUCUUCUACAUGGCGAUUUUCACCAACACUACGCUUCUUAAAUACGCUAACGUGGACACGUUCAUCGUGUUCCGGUCGUCUACACCGCUUCUCGUCGCGAUCGCCGAUUAUCUCUUCAGGAAGCAGCCAUGGCCGGGGCCAUACACCUUCGGAGCUCUUUUCGUGAUUCUCGCCGGUGCAGUUGGCUACGUGGUUACAGACAGCCAGUUCACCGUUCGCGCCUACACCUGGGCCUUCGCUUACCUCUUUACAAUCACACUUGAGAUGGUGUACAUCAAGCACAUCGUCAGCAGUCUCGGACUGAACACCUGGGGUUUCGUCCUGUACAACAAUUUCCUCUCCCUUCUCAUGGCUCCGUUCUUCUGGAUGAUCACCGGAGAGUUCCAAGACACGCUGCUCGCCACCACCGCCGUUGGGGACUGGAAAUUCGGCGUGGUUUUCCCGGUGCUGCUGUCCUGCGCGUUUGGACUCGCUAUCAGCUUCUUCGGAUUCGCCUGCAGAAAGGCGAUCUCAGCCACGGCUUUCACGGUCCUCGGCGUGACCAACAAGCUGCUGACGGUUGUCAUCAACGUCAUGAUCUGGGACAAGCACGCCUCCUCGUUUGGAGUGCUCUGCCUUCUCGUUACAAUCAUCGGCGGUGUGAUGUACCAGCAAUCGAACGUGAAGCAGAACUUCCGGACUGCUCCGGCGUCGACGGAUGAGGAGGAAGCGAAACCCCUGACUCCUGCGAACGAAGUGGAUGACGGCCAAGAUUCCGAGCUAAAGCCCUUGAAUGUCAAGUAGGCAGGUCCACGUGUCCCCUUUUAGACUACCAUGCGCUAGUUGCUGGAUAUGUUUAUUUACUCUACAAGUGAUCUCCAGCUGAUGCACUGUGCCUGACUGUCCCUAAUCUUAGGGAUAGUGUCUUGUCUUGUCACUGAACGUGUAAACUGUCAAAUGUGUGCAUGGAUAUGCUUCAGCCGAUCGUAGGUGCCUUCUUUCAACAGG